AAAAAAAAAAAAGUGCACGGGGGAACGACAACCUCCCUCCCCACUGCCGCUGCAUCUAGAACACUUUUUACACCGAUUUUUACACUGCGAGGAAAGAGCGGAGGUUUUCAUGCCGUUCUUCAGCCCUUUUCGCGGCCAGACGGGGGGCUGCAGGACUGAGCCGAGAGGGACAGGAGGAGGCUGGGGGAGUCUGAAACCUGUCGCCCACCCGGUCCCUUUCCUCUCAGGAAACGCAUCCUGUUGCUGUUGGGGGGCAGUGUGUUUGCUGCACUGAGGGAGGGACAGCGAGAGCACACCCUAAGGCUCCAAAACACUCACCACCCUCUGUGCUCUGCUCCUUGGAGUGUGCGCGCACACACGCAUGCACGCCUGGUAUAUUUGCCCGGAGGAGUCACCCAAGGCGGACUCGUAUGGACGCUUGAAUCCGGAGCUCGGCUGCUCCGCAUAGCUCCGCGCUCGGGCCCUGAGGAGGAAGGCGGACCGCGCAAGGGUUCUUCCAGCUCUGAGAGCCGCCCCUCGACCGCAUAAUCGGAGGGGGGGGGUCCGGGUUUCUUCCCCUCUGCUCCUCUGGCCCCUGUGGAGAGCGCUGGAGAAAAAAAAAAUAGGAGAGGAGAGGGAAUAGAGAGGAGCCCCCUACCUCCACAGCCUGACUGAACGCAGUGUGCAGAGCCGGAGAGACGGGCACAGGGAGCAGAGACGCGGUGCAAAACAGGGGACACGGGGGAGACGACCGGAGGCUCCGGAGCGGUCAGGGAGAGCCUGUGGAAUGGACCUGACUGACUGCUGCGCAAGCCCAUGGCUAUGUCCAGUUGCCAAGUCUGAGGAAGAGGGCUGAAGCACCCGGCUGGAGUUACUUAAGACUGGAGAAUGAACGGAGAUGUUCUUUAGCCGAAACUAAAAGAUUCAACUUGUCUAUUAAGUCCUUUCUGGUGCGGUCGGGUCGGCGCAGCCACCCUGCGAUCACGGUGGUCUAGGCGGCCGUAAGGGAGGAGGAGGGGGGUAGGCGACGCAGCGGUGCCCCCGGCGUGGGGCGUCGGCGAGCAGCGGCGCAUGGCCGUGCAGCGGCUGGUGGCGGCGGCGGUGGCAGUGGCCCUGCUGUCUCUGAUCCUCAACAACGUGGCGGCCUUCACGCCCAGCUGGGUGUUGCAGGCCCUGGAGGAUGGACGCAAACGCAGUGUGGGACUCUGGAAGAUGUGUCCCCUGACGGAGCAAAGCCUCGGGCGCCAGGGCAUGACCGUGAAGCGGCUCUGCGAGGCUCUGAGCUGGGGCUCCGAGAACUCGGGGUACCAGGAGUCCCGCAGCACUGUCAAGUUGCAGUUCGACAUGAUGCGGGCCUGUAACCUGAUGGCAACGGUGGCCCUCACCGCUGGACAGCUCAUCUUCCUGCUGGGGCUCGUGGAGCUGCCCUUUGUCACCCAGGAUUCCCAGUGGUGGGAGGAGGCCAUUGCUGCACUCUUCCAACUGGCCAGUUUCGUGCUGGUGAUCGGGCUGGUGACUUUCUACCGGAUCGGGCCCAACACGCAGCUGUCUUACUCGUGCUACGUGAACAUUGCCGCGUGCCUUCUAGCCACGCUGGCCGCCGCCACGCUCAUCUGGAACAUUCUUCACCGCCGCGACGACUGCCUCGCGCCGCGCGUCAUCGUCAUCAGCCGCUCGCUCGCGGCGCCCUUCCGCCCUCGCCCCGAGAACGACUACGUGGAGUCCCCCUGCUGAGCCCAGACCCAGGCCGCGCCAAGGCGGGACCGCGAUGCAGCUGCGCCCGAGCGCUUCUCUCUCUGGGACCGAAUCGUUCGUUCGAAAGCCGAAGCCGGAGCCGGAGCAGCUCACGACGAGAAAUGAACUGCAGCGCAACCCAUCCGCAAAGCUUCCUUUGGCUCUUUGCUCGAAUUCUGGUGUCUCUUGGGUUAGGACUCACCGGAGGAGAGGAAAGGUCGCUGCCACGAAUGUCCCGUCCGUCAACCCGUCGGCUCGCUCGGUUCCACAGCACAACCACACACGCUUAAAAGAGCAAAAGAAGACAACGUGAUUAAAAAAAAAAAAAAGCUUUAGAAAGAGGGCUGAAUAUAUUUAGAAUAGAUCUGUUAUAUAUAAAUAUAUAGUUAAUUAUCAUAAUAGGCUAAUUUUCAUUAAAUGACAAAAUCUCCUACUUUGAAAAACACGACAACAUGCAGGGGAUUUUGUGGCCGCACGGCGGAACGGGCGGAACGGACAGAACGCCUGUUACCCGGAUCAUGGUGCUGCUUUUCUCCCGAGUCACCCGUUCCCGGCUGAGCGUCGGCCUCCACGUCCGGCUGCGCUCUCCCCAUAAGAUCGAGCUGGGUCUUGAACUCUUGCCUCCCUUGUGCACUUACUUCGUACCACUAUAUUUCUUGCUGAAUGUUAAUAUUAUUGUGUAUGUUAAAAAAAAAAAAAAGAUAUGGAUUUCACAGCUAUAGCUACAGCAAACAUAUAGGAAUGACGUACUUCCCCGUAACACUGUGCAACUUGGGGUCUUUGGUACCAAAAUUAGAUUAGCACUAAUCCUUCUUUCUUAAAAGUCCGUCUCUAUGUGCCGUCAUAAAAAAAAUACCCACGGACUGGCUGAGAAGCGAGAAGGGAGGACAUUUGAAGAGGAGAAAAAUAACUACAGUUAGAUGUAGGCUACUCACUUUAACACGGACAUAUUACUAUUGAUAAUCUGCUCGCUUGUGGUACAUUUACUUAAAUUAAUUUGACGUUCGUAUUAAUUAUAUUGCUAUUAUACUGCUUCUUGUGGAUGAAGUUCUGUUCUGAGCUGAGUUCAGUUCAGAAGUGUAUUUUCUGCUUAACGGAAGAAAUUAUUGAGAAAAGACACAAAUUUAAUAAAUGUAUGACCAAGUUUGCAAAGCGCUCAUGAUUUACCGUGUGUGAAAAGCAGCAUCGAUGCUUCGAAGCGCCGUGAUGAUGAUCUUUCUCGUUGCAUCGCCUGUACCUGCAGUUGAGUUCUGCCAAGCCAUAGUCUCUGUAAAAAAAAAAAAAAAAAAGUGAAUAUGUCAACAAAUUACUGACAUGACAGAGCUUAUAAAAUGUCCUUUAAGAUUUUACAUCAGUGCUGCACACAGGAUAUCAAACACCGACUUACAGCUACGUGUAGUCGGUAAAAAAAAUAAGAUAUUGUGAGAUCAGUAAACAAUUACAGUUGUCACACAAAUGUAAACAUACAGUAAAUAUUCUGCUCUGUUUAUAAGAGUGUUCAACAGGAGCAGUAGGCAGGGGAGUGGGUCUGAAGGUCCUUGGUUCAAAUCCCACCUCCUGCUGUACAGUACUUACCUUGAAUUACUCCAGUAAGAACAACAUGCUCUACGAAGGGGUAAACGAUCACAAGUUUCCUUAGAUAAAACACACGCCUCGGCUGAAGCCGCUGCUCCCAAGCAGGGUCACGGCAAGCCGGAGCCUAACCCGGCAAUGCAGGGCACAAGG